UUGCUCCUGCAGGUAAGGCCGGGGCGGGAUCCCGGGCUGGACGCUGGGUAUCCCGGUUCAGUAAGCUGGAGGUCCUGCUCGGGCGCUACCGAGUAUCAGAAUUCGAACUGGUGUCCUUUGGAUGCUCGAAGUGAGAAUCAGUGGGAGAGUUCCUACCCUGCAGCGGUUCUCUGCCCCUUCUGUUUAUUCAGGGGAUGAAUAGACUUCUAUUUUCUGCUCUUCUGAGAAACGUUUUUACUUCAGAUUUCCACCAUCUGAGGAUUUUAGGCACCUACCCACUGGCGAUUCAGAAACAGGUCCUCUGGGUGUCGGAGCUUAACGAUGAACAUAACAUACAAAAGAUGGCCUUUAGCCGACCAGAGCUUUCCAAAUGUCAUCAACAGCUCGACCGCCUGGGCCACUGGCACGGAAACAGCAGGAUAUAUCCAGCAGCUAAUCCUCACCACCAACCUAACGGCAUGUACCCUCCUACUGCUUCUUGCCUUCUGUCUGGGAACGUACGGCAACCUGAUCGUUUUCUUGCCCUUCUUUGAUCCAGCCUUUAGAAAGUUCCGGACUAACUUUGACUUUAUGAUAUUGAACCUGUCCUUCUGUGAUCUGUUCAUUUGCUCUGUGACAACACCCAUGUUCGCUUAUAUUUUAUUUUUUGAUUCAGACAGCAGUGUCUCUGAGGCUUUUUGCUUCACCUUUCACCUCACCAGUGCUGGAUUGGUAAUAAUGUCCCUCAAAUCUGUGACCACAAUAGCUCUCCAUCGCUUGCGAAUGAUAUUUGGACCGCAACCCAAUACAACAGCUUCUUCACACUCCACACUUAUCCUCACCAUCAGCCUGUGGACCCUGAGCUUUACCCUCGCUACCUUUGCUACCUUUGGUACAUAUCCUGAUAGAUCCAAAGUAUGCGUGCCCCUGUUUGGAAGCUCCAAUAAAGAUGGUAGAGUCAUUCUCUAUCUGUAUGUUACAGAUUUUGCAUUUUGCGUGGGAGCUGUAUCGGUCUCCUACCUGAUGAUAGCUUUUGCCUUGAAGAGGAAAGCACAUCUGAGGAAGUGUGCUGUCAUUACUAUUGAUACAAUGGGACCCAACACCCUCAUAAAAGCAGCUACAGAGAGUGUGCGCACUGUGAAACAACCUCUUUACCAAAAUCAGAAUUCCAAUAAUCUCUGGCACAUGCAAACACCCUCUUACACACAAGGACAUACUCAUGUGCAGGCUUCUCAAAGAGGGUUUCAACUGGUGUCCUCUGUGAAACUACCAGGCACGAAAGAUUCAAAGGCUGUAAUGACAUGUGUUAUCAUUAUACUCUCAGUAAUAGUUUGCUGCUUGCCAUUAGGAAUCUCCUUCUUGCAAGAUGUCUCAACACCACAGAGUAGUUUCAUUUUAAAUCAAUUUAAGCUAUUUGGAUUCACGUUAAUAUUCUUCAAAUCAGGACUAAAUCCAUUUAUAUAUUCACGCAACAGUGCCGGACUCAGGAAGAGAAUUCUCUGGUGCCCACAAUGUAUGGCCCUUAGCUGCUGCUGGCGUAAGCACAAGACUUGGUUACGAGCAGUAGGUAAAGGGAGCCUGGAUGUGAACAGAAACAAAUCAUCUCAUCAUGAACUGAAUUCAGCUUAUAUACUGUCUCCUAAACCGCAGAGAAAGUUAGUGGAUCAGUCUUGUGGACCCAGUCACUCAAGUGGUGGUAUAUUAAACCCCAGAGUGCCUGUUGGCCACCAGAAUUGUGUACAAAAUAACUCAAUCCCCAUCAAUGGAAAGAUUGAGCCUUAUUAUAGUAUUUACAAGAGCAGUUCUUCCCUGAAAUCAAGCAGUCAACUGUCUAUGAAUGCUGCUUGUGGAUUUGCCAAAUCGCACAAUGCUAUGAAUUACCAUACAGCAAAAAUACAAGCUUUUGUUCUGGAGCAUGAGAAUUACUUGGCUGACCAAAUAAUGAUCCCAUCAGUUUGAUGGAGAUGAUUCAACCCACUGUGUCUGUGCUAAAUUUGUUGCAUGUUGGCAGCUGUGUCUGUUUUGCCUAAUUAUCAAAACACAAUGGAUGAACAGCAUAUAGGCAUGGACAUUGUAAUCUCCCACCAAAGUUAUUUUCACAAACAUUAAACUUAAUUGCCUUGUUUUAAUAAAUCUUCUUGCAAGAAUG